AAUCAGUAUGCUCACUUACUGACCAGGGAGAGGGUUGUCAGAGCCCAAUGUUGGAGCCCCAGGGAACAGCGAAGGACAGCGGGUUGAUGGGGAGCCUGGCGCAGUGGGCACUUCCUUCUCCAUCGGCCAGCCCCGUGGGCCCCCUGGCGACAGCCUUUCUUCUGUCUCUGUUCCUGCACCCAGCGUCCCUUCUGACCCAGGAGCACCGGGGGACCACAUCUCUCAGAUUUUCCAGCAGUAGAGCCGAUCCCCAGUCUAAAGAUGAAGUUCGACCCCAGGAGAAUGACGUUGACUUGGGACUGCCAAGAAAAUGCCACCUACGUGGAAUGUGUGAUGUUUCACAAGGAAAAAGGACCAAUCACAAUAAUGCUUACGGACAAAGAAUGUCGCUGCAAAUUUCCAGACUCUUCUCUCCAUGGAGGUGUCACACUCAUGGUUACAGCAAAUAUCAGCCAAAGACUGAUCUCAGAAAAGCUGGUCUACCCUAACCCAGGUGAGGAGGGCACAGCUGCUCAAAACUUCUCCUGUUCUAUCUACAAUGCAUAUUUCAUGAACUGCACUUGGGCAAAGGGUCAAGCAGCCCCCGAUGAUGUCCAAUAUUUUUUAUAUAUACGAGACUCCAGGAGAAAAAUCGAAAGAGAGUGUCCUCAUUAUGUAGAAGACUUGAAAAUCCACGUGGGAUGUCACCUCAAAGACCUCUCGGGAUUAACUUUCCAUAAUUAUUUCCUGGUUAAUGGUACCAGUCAAAGAACAAGAAUCCAGUUCUUCGAUUCCAUUUUGUCAUUAAAGGCAAUAGAGAGAUACAGCCCGCCCCACAAUGUCACCGUGCACUGCAACGGAUCGCACUGCCUCAUUCGCUGGGAGAAGCCCAGGACCCUGCAGAGCCUGACCGGCUGGGAGUUCCAGUACCAGCUGGACAUUCAGAGGCAGAGCACCACGCAACAUAGUGGAAAUCAGCUGAUUGAGGUGUCUGGUGAUGCAGAAAAUAAAUACAACUUUCCGAGCCCGCAGCCCAGGGGGAAACAUGCGGUGAGGGUGAGGACCUCAGACUCACGGAUCCAGCAGUGGAGUGCGUGGAGCAGACCCGUGGAGUUCGGCUCCGAGGAAACAGAAGCCAGCCUCGUGCACGUGUAUGUGCUGGUGGUCCUGGGAACCCUCGCAUGCGCCCUGCUGCUCGGCUGCCUUUUAAAAAGGGUCAUUGGGAAGUACAAGUUAUUUCCACCGAUUCCACGGAUCAAAGAUAAACUGACGGAUAACCAUCAGUCCGACCAGCAGAUGAUCUGGGAGAAGUUCCCACCCAGCGCAGGCAGAGGGGACAAUGAAGAGGUCUUAACAGUGGAGGAAGUGACGGAGGCCCCCACAAGCCCCUGACUUCUCAUGCCGACACCCCCAGACAUUCUGGAAGCC